AUGCGCAACGACAGUGAAGUAGUCGUGCACAAUGACCUCCAUGAAAAGGACUACUACGACCCACCACCGGCGCCGUUGAUCGACCCCGAAGAGUUCAUCAAGUGGUCAUUUUACAGGGCCAUCAUCGCCGAGUUCAUCGCCUCUCUCUUGUUCUUGUACGUUACUGUGUUGACUGUGAUUAGUGACAAGAGCCAGACUGACCCAACGAACAACCUCGGCGCCAAUCGAUGUAGCGGUGUUGGUCUUCUUGGCACCGCCUGGGCCUUUGGCGGCAUGAUCUUCAUUCUUGUUUACUGCACUGCAGGAAUAUCCGGUGGGCACAUAAAUCCUGCAGUCACAUUUGGACUGUUCGUGGCCAGAAAAGUGUCAUUGCUGCGAGCCAUUUCGUACAUCAUGGCUCAGUGUUUGGGAGCCAUAUGUGGCUGCGGGCUUGUGAAGGCACUCCAGAAGGGUUACUAUGACAGGUACGGCGGCGGAGCCAACUCGUUGGCCAUUGGCUAUAAUGCCGGAACAGGAUUGGGUGCCGAGAUUAUUGGAACCUUUAUUCUUGUCUACACUGUUUUAGCCGCAACUGAUCCAAAAAGAAACGCCAGGGAUUCACAUGUUCCCGUGUUGGCGCCACUACCCAUCGGAUUUGCUGUGUUCACAGUUCACCUGGCUACAAUUCCGAUCACCGGAACUGGUAUAAACCCGGCUAGAAGUUUGGGAGCUGCAGUGAUUUACAAUCGGAAACAGGCUUGGCAUCACCACUGGAUUUUCUGGGUAGGACCUUUCAUUGGUGCAACUCUUGCUGCAUUGUAUCACCAGUACAUCCUCAGGGCGAUACCGUUUCGUUCACCUUAGUUAUUAUAUCUUCCCUUUAGAAAAGAGUUUCUCAAGAAAUGGGAAACAUCGGUAGCACAAGUGGUAACGGCCGCCGUAGACACGGAAGUCGACGUAAUCAUCCGCCACCACCGCCACCGCAACCGCCACUCACACCGCCUCAUCAUGAAAUUUCGGCAAAUCGCUAUGUGUUCGCGGCGGUGACGCCCUACCCGGAGCAGCAGUAUCCGGAUAAUAACAAUCCUAACCUUCCACCGCAGUACUACCAGUAUCAACGCUACCAUCCACCGCAUCCGCCAGCCAUGCCGGUGCCGCUUCCUGCGCAGUACGAUCACCAUGAUCGUGGAACUGGUCAUGUGGACCUCGGAAACUGGAGGUACCCGUGCGGGCCCAUGGCGUCGGCUCCGCAGCCGUACGUGGAGUACCAAAAGGCGGUUACGAUACGGAACGAUGUGAAUUUGAAGAAGGAAAGUUUGAAGCUU